AUGUUGGCGAGGGAGAGGCGCUGCUGCGCUGGAAUGUUCGCACCGCCCUGUCCAAGUGAUAGAGUGCUGGUAUCAAGCAACUGUGGCUUGAACUGUGCACAGCUCCACCAGCGGUUCGGAAAACAGCGCUCCGCGUUGAACUCGCGACGCUGGAGUCGACCACGCGGGCGAUGGGGCGGCAUCGCCCUGGGGAAACCCCGAUACCCGAAAGCGUUAGCGGCAAGCUGGGGUGCGAGCGGCCUUUGCGCAUGCUCUCAACCGAUACACCAGAGCGUUACCGCUAUUGGAGACCUUGCCCACGAGGUUUCGUCACUGCGCCAGUCUGUGCAGGAGCAGGUUCAUCGAACUUCAGAACUGCUGGACCUUGAAGCUCAGCGGAAACGGCUCAAAGAGCUCGAACGUGCAACACUCUCUCCUGAGAUGUGGAACGACGCGAAAGAGGCCCAGCGAAAACUUCGCGCACUCGCUCAUCAAAAGGCGCUUGUGGAGCGCGCUGAACGCUGGCUCCGAGCUGUUGCAGACGCCGAUUCCGUGGUGCAGCUCGCAACUGCCACCAUCGAAGAGUUGCAGGAACUGCCAGCCACGCACGAACCAGGAACCACUGGCGUACAGACGUCUGCCACCGCAAACCAGGACCUGGACGAUGUGCGAGUACUGCUCCAUGGGACCCUGGCGGAACUCGAACGCAUUGCAAGCGACCUGGGAAGCUUCGAGCUGGAACGACUCUUCUCCGGCCAAUACGAUCGGUUUGGAGCACGCGUCACCGUCCAGGCGGGCGCCGGCGGCACCGAUGCACAGGACUGGGCCGAGAUACUGCUGCGCAUGUACACACGCUGGUGUGAAAGAAAGUUUGGAAAUGCCGCAUCGGAGAGCGGUGGAACCAGUAAGGUUGUUCGUGUCUCCGACCUGUCACCAGGUGAGACGGCGGGCAUCAAGUCAGCCGUUCUGGAGGUGAACGCUCCGUACGCAUACGGCUAUCUGCGAUGGGAGAAGGGCACGCAUCGACUCGUUCGACAGUCACCAUUUAACGCGGAUGCGAAACGUCAGACGUCGUUCGCAGGGGUAGAGGUGCUUCCGAUUCUUGAAGACGAGGAGGAAGAGCUGCAGAUUCCGGACUCGGACCUGGAGAUUACGACGAUGCGAUCAGGAGGCAGCGGCGGUCAGAACGUGAACAAAGUCGAAACCGCUGUGCGCAUUGUACACAUCCCGACCGGUGUAUCUGUGCGCUGCUCGUCUGAAAGAUCGCAGUCGCAGAAUCGCACCAAGGGGAUGCAGAUUCUCAAGGCCAAGCUGCUCGUCAUUCGGGAGGAGCAGCGCAGCAGCCGCUGGGAGGAAAUUCGAGGCGAAGCCGUCGAAGCAGCCUGGGGUCAGCAGAUCCGUAAUUACGUUCUGCACCCAUACAAGCUGGUGAAGGAUCUGCGGAACGGUUGGGAAACCGGAAACGUGAGCGAUUUCUUGGACGGCGGACAGGAAAUGGAUCGCUGCAUCGAAGCGGUGCUUCGAGCGAGCGCAGCAGCAGCCGCGAGAUCAGUCUCAUCGGCUGGUGCCGGUGCGGGCUCGUCGUCGACAGCCCAGCAAUGA